AUGUCCUUCGUUCAUGUAAAAUGCUCUAGGGAUGAGCGUAGGGACUUAUGGCUAAACCUUUUAGCUGAUAAACCUAGCUCGUCUCCCUGGUGCAUUGGGGGAGAUUUUAAUACCAUUCUGGCACCCCAUGAGAAACGGGGGGGGCGGCCAUUUGGUGUAGCUGAAGGGGUAGAGCUUCUGUCUUUUAUGGAAGAGGCUGAAGUUUUUGAUGUGGGUUUUUCGGGAGCUAGCUUUACAUGGUGUAAUAAUAGGAGAGGCAGGGCUACAGUCUCGAAGCGGCUGGAUAGGUUUUUAAUUAAUGGGGAUUGUUUGAACUUGUCCACCUCGAUUUCUGUAGUGCAUUUGGCGAGGCACCCUUCAGACCAUGCACCACUGAAGAUUUCGUUUACCUCACGCUUGGAUGAUAAACCACGGCCUUUCCGCUUCCUGAAUGUUUGGACGUCCAAACCACAACUUUUGGAGGUGAUUCGUAGUGCUUGGGAUCAAGAAGUGAGUGGCUCUCCAUUGCGGGUAUUGUGCUCUAAAUUGUUGGCAGCCAGGAGAGCUAUUCAGCACUGGAACAAGCAUUGUUUUGGCAAUGUGUUUGAUGUUGUUCGGGGUGCGGAGGCGACGGUUCAACGGGCAGAGGAGGCCAUGGAUCACGAUGGGUCGGAGGAGGCACAGCUCGAACUCCACAAGGCGCAAGCGGAGUUACGUCAUACGCUGUCCGUUGAAGAGCAGUUCUGGAGUCAAAAGGCUCGAGUGAAAUGGCUUCGCAGUGGAGAUCGUAAUACUAGAUUCUUCCAUGCAGUGGUGAGGCAGCGACGGGUUCAAGGUACGAUUCAUAGGAUAAAGGCAGCCAGUGGGGUGUGGGUGGAGUCGGAUGAGGAUAUAGCGAGUGAGGCAAUAGCAUAUUUUUCUGACCUAUUCUCGGGCACGUCAAGACCUGCCUCGGAUAUGUUGCACCUUAUUCCACCGGUGGUCUCAGGUGAGGACAACAGGAUCUUAGAUGAGGCACCUACUAUUGAGGAGGUUCAUCGGGUGGUGAAGGCAAUGGAUGGGGAUAGUGCUGCCGGACCGGAUGGCUUCACAGGCAAAUUCUUUACCUUUGCGUGGGAGGUUAUUGCUCAGGACGUCUAUGCAGCGGUACUAAGUUUCUUUUGUGGGGCAGAACUGCCUCGUUUCAUCACUUCUACCUCGCUUGUGUUGAUUCCUAAGGUAUCGAGUCCUCAGGAUUUCUCUAAAUUUAGACCGAUUAGCCUAUGCAAUUUUUUCAACAAGUUAUUAUCUCGAAUUUUGGCUGAUCGAUUGGCGGGCAUCUUGCCAAAGCUUAUCUCCCCUCAGCAGACAGGUUUUGUUAAGGGCCGCAAUAUAACAGAGAAUUAUUUGCUUGCUCAGGAAGUGGUUUCGGGAAUUGGGAAAAAGUUAGGGGUGGAAACGUAG